CCCUUGAAGUGAUCCGGGUCCUUUCGCUAGUUUGUGAAUGACAUCAUUUCUGUGAGAAGUGCGCUGGGAUACAAACAAGGGAGGCUACUUCUCGCUAGCCCGCUAAUGCAAGGUCCUGUCUCACGAGCGCAAGCCUGUCGACCAGCCUCACUUUACCACCAUCCUCACGUUAGGACUCUAAGGCUGCUUUUAGGGAAGGAAUCAUGGAGUUACGUGUUGGGAGUAAAUACCGUCUUGGCCGAAAGAUUGGUAGUGGCUCCUUUGGUGAUAUUUACUUGGGUGCAAACAUCACAUCAGGAGAGGAGGUAGCCAUUAAACUGGAGAGUGUGAAGACUAAACAUCCACAGUUACAUAUUGAGAGCAAGUUCUAUAAGAUGAUGCAAGGUGGAGUGGGUAUUCCCUCAAUCAAAUGGUGUGGUGCUGAAGGGGACUAUAAUGUCAUGGUGAUGGAACUCCUGGGUCCAAGCUUGGAAGACCUGUUCAACUUCUGCUCAAGGAAAUUCACACUUAAAACAGUCCUGCUGCUGGCAGACCAGAUGAUUAGCCGAAUCGAGUACAUCCAUUCCAAGAACUUCAUUCACAGAGACAUUAAACCUGAUAAUUUUCUGAUGGGGCUUGGCAAGAAGGGAAACCUGGUCUAUAUCAUAGAUUUUGGCUUGGCCAAGAAGUAUCGUGACGCCCGCACACAUCAGCACAUCCCGUAUCGUGAGAAUAAGAACUUGACUGGCACUGCCCGCUAUGCCUCCAUUAACACUCAUUUGGGCAUUGAGCAAUCUCGACGGGAUGAUCUUGAGUCGCUUGGCUAUGUUCUUAUGUAUUUUAACUUGGGUUCUCUGCCUUGGCAAGGCCUUAAAGCAGCCACUAAAAGACAAAAGUACGAGCGAAUCAGUGAGAAAAAGAUGUCAACGCCCAUUGAGGUUCUUUGCAAGGGCUAUCCAUCCGAAUUUUCAACCUACAUGAACAUCUGCCGCUCUCUCCGGUUUGAUGACAAACCUGACUACUCCUACUUGAGACAGCUGUUCAGGAAUCUUUUCCACAGACAGGGAUUUUCAUACGACUAUGUGUUUGACUGGAACAUGCUGAAAUUUGGCUCCAGCAGGACCGCAGAGGAUAAAGAUAAAGAGAAAGAGCAGAGGGGAGAGGGGGAGGAGAGGGAUGAGAGGACCGGAGGUGCACCGCCGGGUUCUGCAGCUCGUGCUUUGCCUUCUGGCCCCAACCUCCCGGCCCCUAACAGGGUGCGCAAUGGCCCGGACCCCGCCAGCUCAACACCUGCCUCCCGUGUGCCACAGUCUGGAAACGCAUCUCCAAGAGCAGGCCGAGGAGCUGAGCGGGAAAGAAGAGUGUGUUUACGGCUGCACCGCGGUGCUCCUGCCAAUGCCUCCCCUGACCUCCCUCUCCGUCACGAUCAGAUCCGCAUCACUCCUCCACAGGUCAGCGUUCCAUUCGAACACAUGGGGAAAUGAGCUCUGCAAGCUCUCUGUCAUUUACUGUUUUUAGGAGGAAUACAACAGACAACUCCCCUAAAGCAUUUAUAUUCAUCUUUCUAUGUAAAACGGGAGUGUGAGAGAGGCAAGAAGCAGAAAGAAAGGAACCACAUUUUUGUAAAGGACAAAGUGCCCCCCCAUCUUCACGCACUGCAGGUUAUUGCCGUUGGAAUGAGACAUCGAAGAUCACAAGCCUCAAGGCUCAAACAGUGGAAGUGGAAAAGAGAAUUGUUACCUGUGGCCUGAAGAAGGUUCUGGUUGUUCUCUGUUUUGUCUGAAAUGCUGAGAAAAAGAUGGACUUGCUUGUUGGACUGUAAAGUAAAAAUGUAAUAUUGAUAGAGUGUAAUAAAUGUAUCCCUUGCACAAAAA